AUGCAUGCUCUUCUCCAAGUGCCUCAUCCGAUGUGGUCCGUUGCCAUAACGGCUGUCUCCAAACGUCUGGCCUGUCGGCUUGUCUGUACAGAGCUGCUCUUUCCGCCCUCCCCUCUCCGUCAGGACGAAGAGGGUGACGCUUGUCAGCCGAGACGACAGGUCUUUGGGGUUUUGUCGCCGGGCCGUCCGUCUCUCGGUCUGUAG